AGAAAGGCUAAUCAGUGAAGAUGAGUGGAAACACCUGUGGAGGUGUGCAGGACAUGUGAGUACAUUGAUAAGCUGUUUGAUGACAGAAGCUACUUACACUGUUAAAGCUAGUUUGACUUCGCUUGACAGGAGCAGCUCUUGCGUCAUAUUUCCGCGCCACGUGCAUCGCAGCCGUGGAGGACAUCGAGCAUGGGACACCUUGGAGGUUUAUUUAUUCUGGUCGUUUUGGUUUCAUGGCAUCAUAUUUACGGUGCUGCAGGUCACUCUCUGCCCGCCUGCCACGAGCAGCUGGAGUUCAGGUGCAGCGAUGGUUCGUGCAUCCCGAGGCUGAAGUUGUGUGACGGGCACAAACACUGUGAGGACGGUUCAGAUGAGCAACACUGCAGUCAUGUGAGGUGUAAGAAAGAUGAAUUUGCAUGCCGCAGCAGACGUUGCAUAUCUGCACGUCUCUUAUGCAACGGUGUAGACGACUGCGGUGACGGGAGCGAUGAGGAUUCCUGCCAGAACUGCACCACUGGCUUCUUCUCCUGUGGCCUGUCUGAUGUCUGCCUUCCCGGUCACAAGCUGUGCGAUGGACGGACAGACUGCAAGGACGGACGGGACGAGACCAAGGAGUCAUGUGGUGUCACCCGACCUCACCCACAAACCUCUCCCACGUGUGCAGCUUCAGAGUUUGAGUGUGGAGACGGGAAAUGCAUCCGCCAGGCCUGGAGGUGUGACCACUCACCUGACUGCUCUGAUAGCAGCGAUGAGGAAAACUGCGAACAGGACGAGUGUCAGGUCAACAACGGAGGCUGCUCUCAUCACUGUGUGGAUCAGCCGAUGGGUUUCCAUUGCCACUGCCCUGACAAUAUGAGGCUGGUUGGGGACAGCCAGUGUGAAGAGGUCGACGCGUGUCUGGAGACAGAUGUGUGUGAUCAGCUGUGUCUUCACAUGAACGGCAGCCUCACCUGUGACUGCCAAGAGGGCUACAACAUGGAUCCAACAACCAGAGAGUGCAAGGCCACAGGAGAUGAGGGUCAGCUGGUUUUCACCUCUUCUAAAGGAAUGCAAUCGAUGAGCAUCACUGGUACAGAGUACAGGGAACUGGCCCAACAUUUGCCAGGAACAGGGCCCGUGGCGGCCUUGGCCUCAAACAGCAUGCUUUACUGGGCCUGGCAAGGACAAGGCAACAUAUACAGGGUCUCCAUGGAUGGAAAGCCACAGGAUGCCAAGUUAGUGCUGAAAGUUAAAGGUUCAGUGUCAGGCCUGGCUGUAGACUGGAUCCACCAGCUCCUCUACUGGACCAGCGUGGAGAGUGAUUCUGUUAAUGUCGGCCUGCUGGACGGCUUGGUACAACGUCGGCUCGUCACAGGGCUGGACAAACCCUCUGCAGUGGCUGUGGAUCCUCUCCAGGGCUUUCUCUUCUGGGCACAAUGUGGAAGCUUUCCUAAGAUUGAGAGGGCCGGCUUGGAUGGCCAGGACACAAUAGCUCUUGUCACUUCCUCAAUAUAUCACCCUGUUGCCCUCUCUCUAGAUAUGCCUCGCCAGCUGCUGUACUGGGCUGACCAGAGAAUGAGAAGCAUCUCCAGAGUCAAUCUAGAUGGCCGUGACCGUCAAAAUAGUGGUGCAGUCUAAUGGCUAUCUGGACCGACCCUUUGGACUGGCUGUGUUUGAGGGUUUCGUGUAUUGGACUGAAGAAGUUACGCGCUCCAUCUGCCGAGCAAACAAACACAACGGUGGCCAGCUUCAGGUACUGCUGACAAACAUUACAUCGCCGGGCGGUGUGGUCAUCGUUCAUCCUGUUCUUCAGCCAAAUGGGUCGUCUUUGUGCGGACGUACAGGGACGACGUGCCGGCACAUCUGCGAUAUGGACCUGCUUUCUGAGAGGCCAGAGUUCAGCUGCAUUUUUCCAAAAACAGAACAAAAUAAAUCUCAAGAAAUCCCUGCUAUCUCUCGCACAGUUCCCGCAUCAACUGUAUCCGAUCCUACCUUUGCUGGAAUCCUCUCUCUAAUCAUGUUUCUCAGUUUGCUGCUGGUGGGAAUGGCCUGUGUGGUGGUGGAGAGAGGAGUUCAGGCCGUCCAGGUCUCUCACUGUGCAGAGCUUCUCCCUCAAAGAGUCCCAGGACCCGCUCAUCAUCCAGGGGCCACCCCUGGGUCCAAACUCAUGUCUUGUCAAGGAAACUCUCCUUAAGCUGGACUUGGAUGGUGAAUGAAGGAGGUGUGGCACAGAUGGUCAUCUGACUGGGCUUCACCUGGUGCCAUCUCACCCACUCCAGACAGGAUGAUGACAAGACAACAAACCCAACUGUGCACCCUGUCAUGUCCCAACUCCCUGCAGGUUAAAUCUCUGAAGAACUGAGUCAGUGGUAAAUACUUGAGAUCAGAGGGGGUGGGGGCCUUAAACAGUCUUUACUAUUAUAUCUUCAGUUCUGAAGGAGUAGUACUUUCAGCCCAGGUGGCUCCACAGUUGAUUACCUCAGUAGAGUCCUAUCUUGCCUUAUUUUUAAAGCCCUGUUAUCAAGCAUUUUGCUCCACAGGUUGCCACUUGUGUUACAUCCUGAGGGUCUCCAAGACGAUCAAUGGAAAGGUAAUAAUUAGUUGAUUAAUCAGUGAGUUGAUCCACAGAAAAUGAGAUACUUUUCAUAUUUGACAAGACAAGAUUUUUAUUUCCUUGUUUUAUUGUACUUCCUCUGCAGCUUUUUGGAAUGUUAAUCUCAGUUUAUUAUGAUUCCCAAAACUACUUUUGUAGUACUAUAGAUGGAUGUUGUGAGUAAUUUGACUAUAUUCUUUAAAAAAAAAAAAAAAAAAAAAGGGUGUUCCACAGGGUUUGUUCUUGGCUCUUGGUUUGUCAGUAUGAAACUGUAGGGAAUCAAAGAGAUGCAUGAUUGCAUUGCAAAUAUAUGUUGCCUUUUGCCCAGUAAAUGCUUGAGUCAAAUCCAAGGUAGACUUUAUGGAGGGAAAAACUGAAUGUAUUCAGUGUAUUGGACUGAAAAAAGGAACCUAAAAUCCGAUUUUAGGGUUGGAACGAAACAUUUUUUCAGUCCAGUAUCAUUUUUGGGAUACUUUAUAUUUAUCCUGCACCUGGUCUAAAUAUAGGACGGGUUAUGCACAUUUCUACAACUACAUUUCUAAAACAUCUAAUGUAUUGUGUAUAUCUGGAAUAGUGGCAUAGCAGCAUCCUUUGGAUAAAUUCAUCCAUUAAAGGAGGAUAUGAUAGAGCUGUCCCAAAGUAUUCAGUACAAAGUUUGUACUGAAGGUAAGAAUAUUCACCUGCCAGCACCUCUAAAGCUCUGUGGUACAGUGUAAGCUCUAAAUCUGCUGGCUCCAGCUUCAUAUUUACUGUGCAGACAUGACAGUAGUAUCAAUUUUCUCAUCUAACUGUAAGAAGGCAAAUAAGUGUAUAAGUAUUCCUUUUAAAGAAAGAUCUUUGUUGGUUCUAAUGCUAGAAAAGAAUGGAGAAAUGAAGCCUGGCUUGUUUAAUGCCAGUAAUACUGUACAUAUAGUGUGUGUAAGCAGUGUGUGUGUAAAGAAACAAAGAGGAUUUCCUUGGUUGCAGGUUUGGUGUUUAGAUGCUGAGUGCUGGUUCUACAAUGGGAGCAAACAUUUGUUUUGUGUAGUUAAAUGUCUCCUGCAGGUUUGGUUUUGCACUUGUGCUUAAAGCCUGGUUAGUGUUGGUGUGAAUGUUUGAUUGACUUGCCUUGUUUGAAUCAAGUCCCUUUGUGUGAUUUUUGUGUUAGUCUUAAAGAAAUGUCUAAAUCUGUUGAACUGAUAAAAAUCUAUUGACACUAUCUGAGCACAAGAAUGACCCCUCAAACAGUUGAUUUUUGUGGUAGAUAUUUAUUUUUUAAGGAGGGAUUUUAUUUAUUUACAGUUUGCCGUUAUACUGUGUUUACACCAUGGAUAAAUCUGUUAACUGCUGUAGAGAAAUAAAACAUAUAAAUAUU